GCUCGGUAAUCACUCGCACGCGUCAGUAUCGUCGAUAUUCGCCGCGAGUCAUCCGGCUGGGCCGUUCGCUCGGCCGUCGCCCACUGAGAUAAUAGGAUGCGGUAUCGCGCGCGGUUCCGGUGCUACACCCCGUGUCCGCGGCUUCGCGGAUACGCUGUCGUGGCCGCGUCCCGCUGAGAUUAUGCGCGGUGUGCCGAUCCAUCGCCCGAGUGUGUGUGCGGGUUAACCUUAAGUAUAGCGAGCAGUGUUCUUUGCGCGCGUCCCAGGUAAGGUGAGGUGCAAAUCAAGAGAGAGAGAGAGAGGGAGAAAGAAAGGAAGAGAGGAAGAGAGAGAGUGUGUCCACACGCAGAAAAAACAAGACGAGGGAAGCGAUCGCGUAUAUUACAUACGUACGCACGCGAGCGAGCGAGCGAGCGAGCACGCACGUCAAGAUGUCGUCGUCGGGACACAGCAGUCGCACCCGCGCCGCCCACAUCGGCUCGAUCUUUCAAAAGCUGCACGGCCGUUUCGCCGACGCGAUGACCCCGCCGAAACUGUCGACCGACAAGCGUAUGCUGGACAAGACCUGGAAACUGAUGGACAAGGUGGUGAAGCUGUGCCAGCAUCAGCGGAUGAACCUGAAGAACUCGCCGCCGUUCAUCCUCGACAUCCUGCCCGACACGUAUCAGCGGCUAAGGCUGAUCUACAGCAAGUACGAGGACCGGAUGCAGGUGCUGCACAGCAACGAGCACUUCUGCGUGUUCAUCAACAACCUGAUGCGUAAGUGCAAGCAGGCGAUCAAGCUGUUCAAGGAGGGGAAGGACAAGAUGUUCGACGAGACCUCCCAUUAUCGUCGCAAUCUCACCAAGCUCAGCCUCGUCUUCAGCCACAUGCUGUCCGAACUGAAGGCCAUAUUCCCGAACGGGGUGUUCGCCGGCGAUCAGUUUCGCAUCACCAAGGCCGACGCGGCCGAAUUCUGGAAGGAGCGCUUCGGGAACAGUACGUUGGUACCAUGGAAGGUGUUCAGACACGAAUUGAAUCAGGUUCACCCGAUCAGUUCAGGACUGCAGGCAAUGGCACUGAAAUCCACGAUAGAUCUGACGUGCAACGACUACAUCUCCAACUUCGAGUUCGACGUAUUUACAAGAUUGUUCCAACCAUGGUCGACCCUGUUGCGCAACUGGAAAAUUCUGGCAGUGACGCACCCCGGCUACGUGGCCUUCCUCACGUACGACGAGGUGAAGGCGCGCUUACAGAAGUACUGCAUCACCAAGCCUGGGAGUUACGUGUUUCGAUUGAGCUGCACGAGGCUGGGACAAUGGGCAAUUGGCUAUGUCACGUCUGACGGUGAUAUUCUCCAAACGAUACCGCACAACAAGAGUCUAUGCCAAGCGUUAUUGGACGGUUAUCGGGAAGGCUUCUAUUUGUAUCCAGACGGCCGGAACAUCAAUCCGGACUUGACAUGGGCGGUGCAGCCGACGCCGGAGGAGCACAUCAAGGUUACCGCGGAACAGUACGAAUUGUACUGUGAGAUGGGUAGCACAUUCCAGCUGUGUAAGAUCUGCGCCGAGCACGACAAGGACGUGAGGAUAGAGCCUUGCGGUCACCUGCUCUGCACUCCAUGCCUCACAGCUUGGCAGGUAGAUUCCGAAGGACAGGGUUGUCCGUUUUGCCGGGCUGAGAUUAAAGGCACCGAGCAAAUCGUCGUGGAUCCGUUCGAUCCGCGAAGAACACACCGGCCCGGAGCGCAUUCGGCGUCCGCUAGUAACGCAUCGACCCCCACGCGGGAUCUCGACCCUGACACCGAGGACAUAAUGGCGCUGUGCAACGGAAACUGCGGUCUCAUAUGCGACGACUCGGACGAGGAAGACGACUCUAGUCCCACGAAUUCGCCGGUUCCGCCGCGGAGGAUCCUGCCGAGUCCGCCGUUGCCACCGAGAAGAACCUCGCCCACGCCGAACAACCACCUGAAGAACGGCCGUCACCUGACCGUGCCGAAGGAGAACGCCCCGCCACCGCCGACGGUCACCGCGGUGAUCAUGAAUUACGCCGAUGCUCCACAGAAUAACAAAGUGAACGCGGAGGCGAGGUACGACAUGCUGCAUCGUGCGUCUUCGCCGUCACCGGUAGUGCCGCCGAUACCGCCGGCGCCGUCGGCAACGGUGAGGGCUCGUCGCUCCCACGGGAACCACACGAGUACGUCGCAGCCACCGAUGUUGCCGGAGAAGCCGUGUCGCGCGACCAGCUCGACCACGGGGAAUCAGACGAGCAACCCGAGCAACGUGCCGCCUGCUGUACCGCCGCCCUUGUCAGCACCACGACCGCCGAAGGCCAGCAAGGAAGGCGCCCGACAAGAUCACCAUUACGAGAACACGAUCGUGAUACCCGGCACGAGACAACACGUCGUGAAGAAUAUCAACCUGGAGGCGAACAGGGCUCGUUUGACGGCCCUGAUGCGGGCCAGAGGCGACCCGGUGAGCGGCUCGCCGGUGACCAAACCGGAGUCCGCGGCGUACGAGAACGUCAACGUCGAGCACAUCACGAGACUGACGGCGCUCGGAUUCGCCCAGGACGCCGUCAUCAGGGCGCUCGGUAUUACCAGGAACGACCUCGAGAUGGCUUGUGACAUACUGCACGAAUUCGCCACGAAGUCCUCCUGACCAGGUACUAAUGGAAUAAAGCCGGACUGUUAGACUGACAAAUCCGUCGGGAGACUAUUUAUUGUACGAGAAAAGAAAAGAAUUCCUACAGCUGAACAGGGAAUAGAUGAAAAUUUUGUGAGGAGGUAAUGAGAACUCUCGACGGCGAGAAAUGAUAUUUCAUGGUUCCUUUUCCGUUCUUCUCCGCUGGCUAAGCUAAUUCAAGAAGCGUGAAACUGAAACGUUUUUUAUUCCAGUGCCGCGAAACUCCGAUAUCAAAGGUAUGUUUUCUAAUUCAGUUCAGUUCCAAUACGAGAAUAGAGAAAGAAAUCCCCUCUGUCACCGUGACAGAAAACACUCGUGUGAACAUUCAGUCGCAUUGAAACUCAGUUCGAACAACCGAGAGAAAUUGAAACCGAGAAGAAACUUCCCAAGAAGAAUCUUUUCUCGCAACUUCAAGUUUUCAUCUGAUCCCUAAGCGGAGGAACGUUCACCAAUGAAAUUAUUUCCCCCGUGUGUCAGUAAAGUUGGUCGACAGCUUAUUUUUGUUUCGAGCAGACACGUUGAAUGCCAUCGACGCUAAUAAUAUUACCAUGUUUCGUUAAUUUACAUGUAAAACGGUAUCUGAUUGCGUAGAACAAAUCAGAUACAUAGUCGAGCCAGCAAAUGUAUAUUUCGUGAAUCGUGCUUAUUUACCGUAUCUCUCACGAUUCGAGCUGUCAAAUCCGAGCGUUGGAAUGAGUCAACGUGUGGCGAUCAACGUGUUGAAGCACGUGGCGCAAACGUCACUGUUAACACUGACAUGUAUAUAAUAAAAUCUGUCGUAGGGCCGAAUGCCGAGGUCUCAUGACCGGCCUUACCCGCCAGACGGUACUUUUGACAGGGAACACACGCGGAGUCCUGCAAGUCCCACCUCUAAUGCGUUCACAGACACACAUCGCGUGUUUUCGCGUAGUCUCAGUACCGCGUCAGUACAUUACCGAGGACUCGACGGUGCCCAGUUUUGAACCGAGAAACAUUGCGCGACGAUUCCAGUUGCAGGCGGGUGAGCCUAUCGAGAAUCUAACGAAGGAAAGUCGAUCGGGAGAAACCGCACACUUCCAACGAGAGAGAAGAAUUUGUGGAGUAAGCACGGGGAAACAUCCAUCGGACACAUAUGUAUCGCAUAUACAAAGCGCACACACAUAUACAAACAUAUACACAGAGAGAGAGAGAGAGAGAGAGAGAGACCUCGUUGCAUAGAUUCCACGUAGACAUUUCUCUCUUAGCACUCACUCAGUGCGAGUCUGCGAGGCGAACUGUAAAUGAAAAAUUCCAAAUAUUCUCGUUUCUUGACACGUACAAAGACUGGCCGUUCCGCUGUGACGUGUGUGUGUGCGUAACACGAGUGUGUUAAGUAAAGGUGACGAUCGACCAAGGGUGAUUUUACGGCUGCCGAAGUAUUCCUCCACGAGCUAUAUAUAUAUAUAUAUGUGGCAAGUAGUAAUAAAUCCUACUUCUUUUUUUUUUUAGUACCUCUCGCUUUAGUUACUAUAUUUCGUUCCUCAAUAUACUUAAGAUAGUGAUUAAAUUGUGCGUUUACAAAGAGAACUUGCUUGUACGCUGACGAGAUGAAAUAAUAGACGGAGAAAGAAUAUGUGAGUGAGUGAAUGAGUGAGUGAGUGAGUGAGUGAGUGAGUGAGUGAGUGAGUGAGUGAGUGAGAGAGAG